AUGGGAUUCUUGCAGGUUACCGAGAAAGCUGACGCUUUAUUCCCUAUUGUGAGUGCUGCUUCUAUCGCUGCAAAAGUAACUCGCGAUAGACGACUAAGAUCAUGGUCUUUCUCGGAACCGGGAGUCAAAAUCCCAGCAGAUGGAUAUGGAAGCGGAUAUCCUGGAGAUCCUAAUACUAAAAAGUUUUUGAUUGAUGGGUUGGAUCCUGUAUUUGGUUAUCCAUCUUUGGUGAGAUUUUCAUGGAAAACUGCGGAAGUCCUCAUCGACAAGCACUGCGUCAAAGCCGAAUGGGAUGAUCAGAGUGCAUCCGCACCCUCGGUGAAAGGAUGGCUCACCGCUAAGGUUGACUUGCCUAAAAGACACCAAUAUUAUGCUGAUAGAACUAUACAGAACGUGAUGAGUUUGAGAUCAUGGUUAAGCUUCUCUGGCUUUCUAACCUUGCUUACUGCAUACUACAUUGGUCACAUGGUGAAAACAUUCUACAAGAUCUACUCUGUUCCUGCUUGUGCCGGGAGCUACAUGUGUCUCAAGCCCGUCCUCCCAAUGGGUAGCGAUGGAAAGAUCACUCCAGUCCAAUUUAGAGCGUAUGCCUCUGCAUAUUCCAGCACUCUUGGGGAACUUGUAAAGAAAAUGGACAACUUUCACCUCACAGAGCCACAUGAGAUAGAGAUUCCUGUCACUCUUCCACAGGCUACACGGCGGAAUGGCAGUUUGUAUAUGUCCCUCUUCCUGUUGCCGCAUGGAUACGAGAACAAUGAUCCUCAAAAGGCCGACUGGAAAGUACACCAAAGGAAGCUCAUAUCGGCUUAUCGUGAGCCUGAACAAACAUAUAAUCUGAUAAAAGGAGAAGUCAAGAAGGUGCUACCUCCAGUCACUCAUAUACGAAGUGUUGUCCAUGUUAUGAGCCUCGAGAACGCUCCAGAUCUCUACAUGAGGGAGUUACCAGAAGUGUCGUCCUUAGUGCAAUGGAAAGGCGGGAAAUAUUAUCCAAUAUUGUACUUGGCCGAUCUGCUUAGUAUGGAAAAGCAUUUUGUUGAGUUGAAACCUGAAAAUAAGACUGUCAACGUCACCGUGUCAUAUCAACCUGCUCCAUUGGGCAAAAUCAGAUUUCAUCGCAUGAUCACCUCUUCGUUGUCACAGCUAACUGAAUUGGGUUUCACUACAAAGGAUCUCGAAGAUGUAAAAGGAAUUUUCGCUGAUACUAAUCUCUAUCUUCUUGGAGUUACUGUAUUUGUUUCGGCAGUGCAUCUCCUUUUUGAUAUAUUGUCUUUCAAGAAUGACAUAUCAUUUUGGCGCGGUCGAAAAUCUAUGGUCGGACUUUCCACCAAGGCGUUACUUUGGCGGUGCUUUUCGUACACUGUCAUCUUCUUCUAUCUGAAAGAUCAAGAAACCAGUCUUCUUGUAAUCGUUCCUGCUGGAAUCUCCGUUUUGAUUGAGUUUUGGAAACUGAAGAAGGCCUUCAAGAUGACUUUCACUCGAAGCGGAAUAAAAUUCGGUGCACAUUCGGCUGAGGAGCAGGAGACGGACGCUUUCGAUAACGAAGCGAUGAAAUACUUGGCGUGGUUGAUGACUCCGCUUUGUAUUGGAGGAGCAAUCUACAGCUUGAUGUACGUGCCACACAAAUCGUGGUAUAGUUGGGUUGUUGAGUCACUCGCCAAUGGAGUUUAUGCCUUUGGAUUCCUUUUUAUGCUCCCGCAGCUCUUUGUGAACUACAAACUCAAAAGUGUUGCUCACUUGCCAUGGAGGGCUUUUAUGUACAAGGCAUUCAACACAUUCAUUGACGAUCUAUUCGCCUUCAUUAUUGUAAUGCCGACCGCUCAUCGUGUUGCUUGUUUCAGGGACGAUAUUGUAUUUUUGAUCUACCUCUACCAACGCUACCUCUACCCUGUCGAUUAUAAGCGAAUCAAUGAGUUCGGAGAGUCGGGUGAGAAGCAGCCCGUAUCUGACGAAAACCCAAGUGAGGAGACUGUUAACGCUGCUGUGAAUGAUGUCCCGAGCAAUCUCAAGAACAGAAAGAAAGCGAAGAAGAUUGACUGAAUUAGAGAUGUCACCUAAGAAUUAGGUCACAGUUGUUUAUUUUUUGACUGAAUUAGAGAUGUCACCUGAGAUAGGUCACAGUUAUUUAUUUGCUUGGGGGUUAUGCCGUUUUUGUUUAUUAUGUUUUGGUGUACAGUUGUCUAAAAGCUAUGGUAUCUCAAAAAAUCUUGUUUUUUAUUGUGAUAUAGUGAUACUGGUUUUGAGUUUGGUCUUCCAUAUUGCUCGGGCGAGCAGCUGAUAAAGUUUUUGUUUUCGC